AUGGCCGAUACAACAUCCCACGACACCGUCGGCGCAUCCACCCUGGUCGCCCCCUACUUCUCUCCCACUUCACCAACCCCCUCUGAGCAUCCACCGAUAGACUCUCCGGACCGUCUUCCAAGUCCAGCCAGUAGCGCCGGUGCUCGAUCUCCGUCCCAGUCACCUCCAUCCUCUCGCGAAGCAUCCCUUGAUCGUGCGGCACGGGAACUCGAUGCCCGUCUCGCCCAGUAUACAGUUGAUUUCAGCCAGUUCCCCAGCGGACACGCGCGAGAUGACGUUUUAGACGAGCAACCAGAGGAGGAAGAAGAGCGACUAUCGGCGGUUGGCGGCCCUGAAGACUUUACUGCAAAUCUCGAACGCUACCUACUUGGGGAGGACGACUCAAUAGAUCAGGAGUUUGAUGACAAAGAUGACGACCGGAAUGAACCCGAGGAACAACUAGAAGCUGAACCUGAAUUAACGGAGCACGAAGAGCACAAACAGCCCGAUCAACAAGCUGAACAGACCCGUCAACCGGGAGUGGAGGAUGAGCACGAGCUUGGCGAGUAUAGUGAAUUUGGGCCUCCGGUCGACAUGUCUACACCAUCGCGCCUAUUGCGCCGAAAUGUUGCACCAAUCAGGGACGUAACCCACCUCGAGGACAUCGAGGAGGAUCCCGAUGAUGAACCGAGUAUCACCGCAACCCCAACGGCCCGGAAGCCUAGAUCGCCGACCAAUCAGUACGAAAAACAUACGAAUGAGGACCUGCAUCGGCAUAUUGCCGAACUGACACAUGUGCUCAAAGACCGUGACGAACAGUUAGAGAUGAACCGGACACACAUUUUGGAAGCGGUCUCCGCUGGAGCCGAGAUAGAACACUUGAGAGGCGAAUUGCAGAAAAAGACGGCCCUCCUCGAGGAGCUUCAAGAGCGCCGCUCACAGGAAAUUCCGCGAAGACCCUCUGUCAGCACAUCUGACUUUAGUGCUCUCCAAAAACAGAUCGCCGACAUGCAAAAGCACCUUCAAAACCAGGGAUCGCAUGCCGAUAUCGAUGUGGAACGUCUAGAGACAAUAUCAAUGCUGCGCCAACAACUAUCCCUUACUCAAGAGCAGUUGAGGAAGCGCGAUACAGCCCUCGAUGAGACCCUCGCUAAACUGAAAGAAGCCACCGCAGCCAAAGAAUCGCAACUUCACGACAAGAAUGCCGAGAUCGACAGGCUUAGUGCGCACAUCACCUCCCAGGAUAAAGCCAUAGAGAAGCUCGAGGCCAACCUCUCACGCGCUAACCGCGAGUACCGACUUCUCGAGGACCAACUGGUCUUACUUGAGACCAAGAAUCGCCCGUUAGAAGAGAAGAACAGCACUCUCGAGGCCGACCUUACGCGAGCCCAGUCGCAGGUCACAGCUCAAGGGAACGCGUUGAAGACAUUGGCGGCCGACCUCCCUAUGGAUACCGUGGGCGGCACCUACAGUGAAAUCUUAGAAUUGAUCAAAGACCUAGGGCCGGAUACCAGCCAGCCCACCAAACCCAGAGACGCAGACGAAGAACUUGAACAUAUUCGGGAAGAGCUCGCUAAAUUGCGCACCGAGUUAAGUGAAACAGCUUCGGCGAACAAGACACUCGAACAACAACUCGCCCGCGCCCACGAUCAAGCCGCAGAGUCCCAACUGCUCAUCCAAUCCAUCGAAGCAGAAAACACUCGCCUCACUAAACGCGCCGAAGAGCUCGAAUCCUCUCUCGACCAAGCCCAAACCGAAUUCAAUCGCCUCCGAACCGACCACUCCAAAGCACUGGAAACUAUCGAACGCCUCCGAGACAGCAAUCAACAGCAAACGACCGCGCAACAACCCCAACCUAUUAGCCCUCCCUCAACACCACACGCAACCCUGGAAGCAACACACAAAUCCCAGAUUGCGUCACUCAAAACCGCUCACGCAACCGCAAUCACAACCCUCCGCUCCGCCCACGCCGACUCAACCCGCAAACUCCGUGCCCUCCUCGCCGCUUCGGAAAAGCGCGAGGCCGACCUCCGAAAUGAAUUUGCCCAACUGCAACAGGCUUCGCAAGACACAGACGCCAAAGCCGAAGCCGACGCUGAAAGAGCAACCCUCCGCGCCGAAGUCAAACGCUUGAACGCUGUCAUCGCAGCCAAAGACGAGACCACCGCGGCUAUGGACCUGCGUAUCGCAAAAUCCGUCGAGAAGCGCGAACGUGAGUGGGAACGGCGCGUGGAGUUACUGCUCAAGGAGCGGGAGCGGAUGAGCCGUGCGCUUUUGUGGAGCUGGGGUGAGAAGGAGAUUCCCAAUGGUCAGGUUACUGUAAAGGAGAGGGAUAGUAGCAGUGGUACUAAGGGGAAAGAUAGAUCGGUAGGGAGUGAUAAGGAGAAUACUGAUGAGGACGGAAAUGCUGUUGGCAAGAGGAGGCAUGUGUAUCGGUAUAAGUAUGCGAAGAGGACGUAG